GUGUAGUUAUCGUCAUUGAUGCGAGGGAGCGUUCCGGCUCCAGUUGCUCAGCUGUUUUGAAGAAUCGACGCAGCCUGGCAGCGAUUGUCCGUAGAACAGCGUGGAAUCGCUACUUUCACGUCCAAACGCAAACAGAUGUGGAGUGACUGUCCAAAUUUUUGACAUAUCUCGUCCAGUAUUCUCCGGAAAACGGCGAGCACCGUUUUUUUCCUUUUUUUUCCACUGGACUUCCGCGGCACGGUGAAAGGACACGAUUUACGGACAGUGUCGGAGGUUAGACGGUUUGAAAAGGAAAACAAGAGAUCGCCAUGAGCGAGUUGAGCCAGGAGGAAAUGAGGAGAAGGAGAAUGGCCCGGUUAGCAGGCUUGGAUAACAUAAGCUCGGCCACUACAUCUAAUCACAAUACUGGUCCAGUUUCCCCAAGUACCCCGGGUCCAUCAAAGGCAUUUACAGGACAGAUGAUAUCUCCUUCGAAUCGACAACAGUUUCAAAAUCCAGAAGUAGCAAUGGAAGUAGAAGACAAUUUUUACAAACAAUGCGUGUCUGGAGUGGAUGUGGAUUCUGGUAUUGAGAAUAUGGAGGUGGAAGAAUCUGACAGAAGAGACACAAAAUCAAGAUCACGUACCACCAGUUCCAGCACAGAGGUAACCAUAGAGCAAAUACAUUCUGUGGUCUCGCGGGUAUUAUGCAUAUCAUGGAAGGAGCCAGCAGAGGGCACUAUAUUCCUUCCACAAACAACAUCACAAACAUCCAUACAGAAAGUUGUUGAUGCUACAGAGAUCAUCAGUCAGGCAUUAAUGGAGGUUUUGUGUAUGUUUACACGAGGAGAGGAUCCCUUAAAAGAAAUCAAUGUGGAAACCUCAUCGGAUAGGGAAGAUAGUCCUAAUAGUCAAACGAGUCCUUUAUUAAGCCCAGUCGGGACACUUUGUCGUUGUGAUAUUUGUUGUAAAUCGUCUCAGCCUAAGAGUCUCACUUAUUUAUUAGAUUGUUAUUCAAGAGUUGCUGUCGAGGAACGAAAUCACCCAAAGAAAUCCAGUAUCCCGCCACUCUCCGAUGUAUUAGCUGUUUUGAGAGCACAAUGUGUUCAGUACUCCACUUUGGUGCUACAAGGCCUAGUGGGCAUUCCUCAGUCUUCGACGUCGCAUCCUUUGUCCAUGACACUCCUUUUGUAUCCAGUGCUAUCACAAAGUCUACCGCGAGGUUAUUUACAUGAGCUAGUAGCAAGGACACACACAAAUCCUGUAGUGUUCAAUAAAAUAUUUACUCCGCUGCUGCAAGGCUUGUACAUGUACAUGCAACAGGCAAGCUUGGUGGGUAACACACACCGAAGACCGAUAGAAGCAUUAGAGGAGCUGAUAGAAAUUCGUUGCGGGCCGACCAGCAAUGUACGUCCGAUCUGUCGUUUGAUCACGCAUCAAGUUCAAUUCUUACCGGACAUCAUGACUCAGGCAGCUGGCAGAGAGCUGACCAUAACAUCUUUUUUGGGACCGUUCCUAUCAGUGUCCGUGUUUGCCGAGGACCAACCGAACGUGGCCGAGAAGUUUUUCAGUGGUAAUCCAUUUGUUGACAAGUCUAUGAACUUAACGUUGCAGCAAGAGUUGGAAAGCACCAGGACGUCGCUCCAUAAAAUGCUCCACGCGAUCCUUGCGAACAGCAACUGCCGUGACAAUAUGCUAACGUACUUAGCAACAUUAUUGCGCCAUAAUGAGAAGCGUGCACAGAUACAAACGGAGGAGUUCUCCCUUGCCGGAGACGGUUUCAUGUUAAACUUGUUGUCGGUCCUGCAAAUGCUUUCUGUGAAGAUUAAAUUAGACACAGUGGAUACUCUGUAUCCGUUUCAUCCGUCGAGUUUCGUUGAGAUAAAAAACGAUACAAGGCUGAAGCUUUCGUCCCAAGAAGUGGUCGAAUGGUUAAAACACUUAGAGAGAACCCACAAGUGGGUCGAACCAAAAUUCCCGACGCAAUGUUGGUUUCUCACGUUACAUUGUCAUCAUAUAGCAUUGUUACCAGCUUUACAGAAAUAUCAAAGGAAGUUGAGAACACUACGUGAUGUGCAAAAGAUGCUCGAUGACCUACAGGCAACCGAGCCGCAAUGGAAAGACACGCCAUUCGCUGGACGUAAUAAAGAAUUAAUCAAACGAUACAAGGAGCAAUUAAAACAGUUGGGUAAAUCAAAAUCGUGCACCGACGCUGGAUUAAUCGAUCCCGUCUUAUUGAGAAGGUGCUUGCAUUUUUAUAUUUCCGUGGCGGAGGUUCUGUUGAGUCUAUUGACGCAAACCACACCGGGAAAUCCGCUUCCCGAACUUCCUCUAUCACAAGAGGUUCCACAAACGUUUACAGCGCUACCAGAGUGGUACGUUGAAGACAUUGCAGAAUUUUUAUUGUUUACCCUUCAAUUUAGUCCUGGCGUAAUAACCAAUAACAUGGAUAAUUCGCUCAUUACGUGGUUACUUGUCGUAGUAUGUACUCCACAUUGUAUACGGAAUCCAUAUUUAAUAGCAAAAAUUAUUGAAGUGCUGUUUGUGAUAAAUCCCAGUGUUCAGGGGCGAACCGAAUCGCUGCACGAUCAAGUGAUGGCUCAUCCUGUAUCGAAAACGCUAUUGGCAUCGUACCUCAUGAAAUUCUAUACUGACGUUGAAACAACCGGUUCUAGCUCCGAAUUCUACGACAAAUUCUCGAUCCGUUAUCACAUUAGUUUAAUUUUGAAGUCCAUGUGGGACAGUCCGGUGCACAGGGAAUCGAUCAUCAACGAGAGCAAUAAUGGCAAGCAAUUCGUCAAAUUCAUUAACAUGUUGAUGAACGACACCACGUUUUUACUAGAUGAAAGUUUAGAAUCGUUAAAGCGUAUACACGAGAUCCAAGAGCUAAUGUCUGAUCAGAAAGCGUGGGCGGCUCUGACGCCCGAACAGCAACAUUCGCGCAUGAGACAAUUAACGGCGGACGAGAGACAAGCAAGGUCGUAUCUUACUCUAGCCAAAGAAACUGUGGCCAUGUUUCAUUAUCUGACGGUGGACAUCACUGAACCGUUUCUACGUCCGGAAUUGGUGGGAAGAUUAUGUGCCAUGUUGAACUUUAAUUUACAACAAUUGUGCGGCCCCAAAUGUAAAAAUCUGAAGGUACGAAAUCCACAGAAAUACGGAUGGGAGCCCAGAGCUUUACUUAGUCAAUUGGUCGACAUAUAUUUGCAUCUCGACUGCGACAACUUUGCAGCUGCUUUGGCUAGCGACGAGCGCUCAUUCUGUAAAGAGUUGUUUACCGAUGCAGCGAAUAGAUUGCAGAGGUCGGUGAUUAAAACCACGACAGAAAUCGAAAGAUUUAUAGCUCUCGCUGAACGGGCUGCAGUAAUUGCCAGAGACAAUCGUGCUCGGGACGAGGACUAUGGUGACGCACCGGAAGAAUUUCGAGAUCCUCUCAUGGAUACUCUCAUGGAAGAACCUGUUAAACUACCGUCUGGUAUAGUUAUGGAUAAAGCAGUGAUCAUCAGACACCUUCUGAAUAGUUCUACAGACCCCUUCAGUAGACAACCUCUCAGCGAAGAUAUGCUUAUGCCAAUGCACGAGUUAAAAGAAAGGAUAUCAACAUGGAAACAACAAAAGAAAAAGUCGACAAAUAUAUAAAUUAUGAUUGAAUUGUGACGUCUGCUUCGCAGAGAGACAUCACGAUAUCAGCUGACGUUGUUACUAAAGAAUACGUACCACCAGCCUACGAACGAAUUAUUCUCGUGUGGUAAAUGAAUAUAGUGCAAUGAUCUCGCUACUGUGCAAAUAAUUGCGCUCAAUAAAUCUACGGUUUUUAUACAUUAAAAAAACAAACGUUAAACAGACUGCAGCUAGGUAACUGCCAUCAAUCGCUACUCCAACAAAUAUCUGUAAACGAAUUUGUAAAUAAUAGUCAACCGAGGCCGGGUUGGCUCAUCUUUCCCUCAGAGAAAUUAAAAUCUGAUUCGUAAAACUUAACACCGGCUCAUUUGUAUCGGUGCACGUGUCUGCGAGUGAAAAAAAAACGGUUAAAAAGCAUAUCCCGCAUUCGAUUUUUGACAAGUACGAAGUUAAACAGCAUAGACAUUAGGAAAUAAUUGAAGUUUCUCUCAGAUUUUGCUGUGACCUCGAUACACUUAUCCAAAUAAGGGAUGAUAUUGUCCAAUAUGAAAAUUUUGCUUGCCAGGUUUGUAUGAAAAUGGUUUUGAUGAAAUAAGAGGAAAUUCAUUUACAGCAAUUACGAAUUCCUUUCUGAAGAUGUACAUGGUAAAUGUAUCAUGCAUAUUCGUUCAAUAAAUUUCAUGAUUAAAGAUACGCA